AUGCCUUCAAACAUUGAAAUAAAAGCCAAAAUCGAUGACUUACAACCUUUCAAACAGAAAGCAGGUGUUCUAAGCGGUUCGGAAGCUACAGUACUGGCUCAGGAGGAUACUUUUUUUAAUACACCAAACGGCAGAUUGAAACUACGACAGAUAGGAAACGAGAAGAACUCUGAACUGAUUUUUUAUAAUAGACCAGAUCAAAAAGGACCUAAAUUUUCAGAGUAUCAUAUUACUCUCGUAAAUGAUCCUGAAAAUUUGAAGGUCACACUAGGAAAAGCGUAUGGAAUAAAGGGCGUAGUAAAGAAAACAAGAUAUCUGUAUAUAGUUGGUCAAACAAGAAUACAUAUUGAUGAUGUCGAUAAGUUAGGUAGCUUUAUGGAGUUGGAGGUGGUAAUGAAACCAGAUCAAGAUAUCAUGGAAGGUGAAAAGAUUGCCGAAGAUUUAAUGCAGAAACUUGAUAUAACAGAAAAAUCUUUAAUAACCGGUGCUUAUAUGGACCUUUUAUUAAAAUAA